AUUUUCUCUUCUCCCAAAAAUGUAAUCCAGUUAAAAAAAAAAAAAAAAUUCAGAAGAUACUGAAAGAUAUGAAGAUACAUCCUAGGCGUGGAGGAGGAGGUGCUGGUGUUUCCUUGAGUUUGAGUUCAAAGCAAGAAGGGGAGGCACAGAGAAAGAGAAGAAGAUGCAAAACCCAAGGAUGCAAAUCCGAGAAGAAAGCUCAAAACCAUGAAGCUUCCAUUCUAUUUUCAUGGCUUCAUUCCUCUCCAUCUCACUCUCCCCCUUCUUCUUUUUCUAGCUGGAACAAUCAUGAUUUCAGUCCAUGUAACUGGACUUUUAUAACUUGUUCUGCCCAAGGUUUUGUCAUUGAAAUCAACAUUCAGUCAGUUCCUCUAGAGCUCCCCUUACCAACAAACCUCUCUUCUUUUAAAUUUCUCCGAAGACUAGUAAUCUCUUAUGCUAAUCUUACUGGUACUAUCCCAGUUAACAUUGGAGAUUGUACAGAACUUGAAAUCAUUGAUCUUAGUUCAAACAGCUUGGUUGGGUCAAUACCAACUAGCAUCAGUAAGCUGCAGAAUUUGGUGGACUUGACUCUGAACUCUAAUCAGCUGACCGGUAAAAUCCCAGUUGGGUUGAGUAAUUGCAGCAAACUCCAAAAUCUCCUCCUCUUUGACAACCGUCUCGGUGGCUCCAUCCCUUCCGAGCUAGGAAAAUUGUCCAGCCUAAAAGUUCUCCGAGCUGGAGGAAACAAUGACAUUGUUGGGAGGAUACCAGAUGAGCUCGGGGACUGCAGCAACCUAAAUUUUUUGGGGCUUGCUGAAACUCAGGUUUCGGGUUCAAUUCCUGCUUCAUUAGGAAAGCUAAGCAAGCUGCAGACACUGUCAAUAUAUACAACAAUGAUCUCCGGUGAGAUUCCUCCAGAAAUAGGUAACUGCUCUGAGCUUGUGGAUUUGUUUCUUUACGAAAAUAGUCUUUCAGGAUCAAUCCCACUCGACAUUACUAAGCUUAAAAAGUUAGAGCAACUAUUUCUAUGGCAAAAUAGUCUUACUGGGAGUAUCCCAGAGGAGAUUGGAAGUUGUCCUCGAUUGAAAAGAAUUGAUCUUUCCUUGAAUUUGUUAUCUGGAACAUUACCUCAAUCAUUAGAGGGUUUGUCCGAGUUGGAGGAGUUCAUGAUUAGCAACAACGAUGUGUCCGGUUCAUUACCUCUGAGUCUAUUCAAUGCUACUAAUCUUCAGCAGCUGCAACUCGACAUGAAUCAGUUAUCAGGUUUGAUUCCUGAAGAGAUUGGAAAGUUGUCAAAGCUUAAUGUGUUCUUAGCUUGGGGAAAUCAGCUUGAAGGGAGCAUACCUUCAAGUUUGGCUAAUUGCAUUGAUCUCCAACAACUGGAUUUGUCUCACAAUUUUCUCACGGGCAGCAUUCCACCCGGCCUAUUUCAGCUGUGGAACCUCUCAAAGCUCCUCUUGAUAUCAAAUGAUAUCUCCGGCUCUAUCCCACCUGAAAUUGGAAACUGCAGCUCACUAGUCCGGCUAAGGCUUGCUAAUAACAGGAUCACCGGUGCUAUUCCUCGAGGAAUAGGAAGCCUAAAGAAGUUGAAGUUUCUUGAUUUUCAAGGAAAUCGCCUUUCUGGGUCUGUUCCUGAUGAGAUUGGUGGCUGCAUAGAGUUGCAAAUGAUGAACCUCAACAACAACGAUCUACAGGGUCUCCUGCCUAACCCUGUUUCAAAGCUGUCUGCCCUCCAAGUGCUGGAUGUUUCCGCAAAUCAAUUCCAGGGGCCAAUUCUGGCCAGCUUGGGGCGUCUUGUUUCACUAAACAAUCUGAUUCUAAGCAGGAAUAGAUUUUCUGGGACCAUACCUUCCUCUCUUGGCCUUUGCUCCAGUCUCCAAUUGCUUGAUCUCAGCAGUAAUGAGCUCACCGGAGGCAUUCCAGCAGAGCUGGGGAGGAUUGAAUCUCUUGAAAUUGCUCUCAACUUGAGCUGCAAUGGACUCACCGGGUCAAUUCCGCCACAGAUAUCUGCUCUCACCAAACUUUCCAUACUAGAUAUUUCACAUAACAAGCUUGAAGGAAACUUGUCUCCUCUGUCUCAACUUGACAAUCUAGUUGCAUUGAACAUCUCAUACAAUAACUUCACCGGCUGUCUCCCUGAUAACAAGCUUUUCCGGCAGCUUCCGGUUGCUGAUUUGGCCGGAAACCUAGGCCUCUGCCCUUCUAACCGGGAUUAUUGCUUUCAGGGCGAUGGUGGAAAUGCCCAAGUACGAAGGAAUGAAAAUGAUGUUAGGCGGUCAAGAAGGCUAAAGCUCGCCUUUGCUUUGUUAAUUACUCUGACUGUGGCUAUGGUUAUCCUGGGGACCAUUGCAGUGAUCCGACUACGGAGAACUUUCAAAGAUGGUGAAGAUUCUGAGUUGGGAGGCUCUUGGCCAUGGCAGUUCACUCCAUUCCAAAAACUGAAUUUCACUGUGGAGCAGGUUUUGGAAUGUUUAGUUGAUUCUAAUGUAAUCGGAAAAGGGUGUUCCGGGAUUGUUUACCGUGCUGACAUGGACAGUGGCGAAGUCAUUGCAGUGAAGAAGCUAUGGCCACAAACAAUGGCAGGAUCAGAUGAAUGUAAAGAUGAAAAAUCCGGGAUUCGAGAUUCCUUUUCUGCAGAGGUGAAAACUCUAGGCUCAAUCCGUCACAAGAACAUUGUCAGAUUCUUAGGGUGUUGCUGGAACAAAAACACAAGGUUACUCAUGUAUGACUACAUGCCUAAUGGGAGCUUAGGGAGUCUGCUCCAUGAGAGAACAGGUAGUUCUCUGGAAUGGGAACUUAGGGACAUCAAGGCCAAUAAUAUCCUAAUAGGUCUUGAGUUUGAACCUUACAUUGCUGAUUUUGGCCUUGCCAAGCUAGUCGGUGAUGGAGAUUUUGCCCAUUCAUCUAAUACUGUUGCGGGUUCAUAUGGAUACAUUGCUCCUGAAUAUGGUUACAUGAUGAAGAUUACUGAGAAAAGUGAUGUCUAUAGCUAUGGUGUGGUGGUAUUGGAGGUCUUGACAGGCAAGCAACCUAUUGAUCCAACAAUACCGGAUGGCCUUCAUGUUGUGGAUUGGGUGAGGCAGAAGAGAGGAGGGAUUGAAGUACUUGAUUUGAGCUUGUUGUCACGACCGGAGUCAGAAAUUGACGAAAUGAUGCAGGCAUUAGGCAUAGCAUUCCUGUGUGUAAAUUCAUCUCCUGAUGAAAGACCAACGAUGAAAGAUGUUGUGGCAAUGCUCAAGGAGAUCAAGCAUGAAAGAGAGGAGCAUGCCAAGGUAGAUGUGCUCAUCAAGGCAUCACCAGCCCCAGGAGAACGUAAGAAUGCUGGUGGGGUACCAGCUACAUCUUCAUCAAACCCAGCAGGCCAAAGCUUAUGUCCAAAACGCAAUAACUCUAGCUUCUCUGAAUCAUCUCUGCUUUACUUAUCUUCAUCUAAUGGAAAUAUGAGUUUGAAGUGAGUAAACAUGCUGCUGCUGCCGCAAUGCUGAGAAGCAGGAACUCGGGAAGCCUGUUUAUUGGUGUUUCUUCAGUUCCAUAAAAUCCUUGUUUUCUUUUUCUUAUGUAAAGAAUCAAUAUAUUGAAUUUGUCAAA